UCUCGCUCAUCGCCUCAUCCCUCUCGUUCGCAAACUCGCAAGUCUGCUGCCUGCCCCUCUCGCUCUCGGCCGCUACUCGCAAGGCUCUAGGUAGCAUGCCCCUGCUCGAGGAGGUGGGCAAGAGGGCGACGAUGCAUGCCGGCCGCCGGCGACAGCGGAAGCCGGAAGCCAACACAGGAGUUCAAUUCAACAGCGCAGGCCAUGGUAGCGCCUGCAGCCUGGCCGGUCGAGCAGGCACAGGUCCGUGCCGCCAUACUUCCAUUGGACUCUAGGAUUUAAAGAAAUAAAGUAUGCUUAUGCUUUCAACCUUCUCUUGGAGUAUAUUAAUCAUCUUGGAAUAAAGGAGGAAACCUCUUGACUUGCGGUGUAAGCCUGCGCGCCAGCGAGGCCGGAUCCCGCGGCUUGUUUGCAACCUCCUCCAUGGCUCCAUCCAGCUGGUGACCGGAGCGCCGCUGCCGCGAACCCCACAAAAUAAGUUGUUGCUUGCGCUCCAUCGCCCAACCACCUCCCCUCCCUCCCCUGCUCUUUAUAUAGAGUGUCCCGUCGCCGGCGCCAGCUACCCAUGUCACACGACACGGCUGCGCGCCACCCCGUCGCAACCCCGCAAGAAGCAGGAGGAGAGGAAGGAGGUGACCACCCCUCCGGCGGCCGGGCCAGCUUCGAGUUGGGCGGCGAGUGCCGGUUCUGCGAGAUGACGCGGCAGCACCACCCGCAGUGCGCGCGCCGGCUGCCCAAGCGGAUCAUCCUGGUCCGGCACGGCGAGAGCCAGGGGAACCUCGACAUGUCGGCGUACACCACCACCCCCGACUACCGCAUCCCGCUCACGGCGCUGGGCGCCGAGCAGGCGCGCGCCGCCGGCCGGGGCAUCCGCGACGUCGUGGCGUCGGGCGGCGGCAACUGGAAGGUCUACUUCUACGUGUCCCCCUACGCGCGCACCCGCGCCACGCUGCGGGAGAUCGGCCGCGCCUUCCCGCGGGACCGCAUCAUCGGCGCCCGCGAGGAGUGCCGCGUCCGGGAGCAGGACUUCGGCAACUUCCAGGUCGAGGAGCGGAUGCGCUCCGUCAAGGAGACCCGCCAGCGGUUCGGCCGCUUCUUCUUCCGGUUCCCCGAGGGCGAGUCCGCCGCCGACGUCUUCGACCGCGUCGCCAGCUUCCUGGAGUCGCUGUGGCGGGACAUCGACAUGGGGCGGCUGGAUCAGGACCCGAGCUGCGAGACCAACCUGGUGAUCGUGUCGCACGGGCUCACCUCGCGGGUGUUCCUCAUGAAGUGGUUCAAGUGGACGGUGGACCAGUUCGAGCGCCUCAACAACUUCGAAAACUGCGAGUUCAGGGUGAUGCAGCUGGGGCCCGGCGGCGAGUACUCCCUCCUCGUCCACCACACCAAGGAGGAGCUCGAGCAGUGGGGCAUGUCGCGGGAGAUGAUCGCCGACCAGCAGUGGCGCGCCUCCGCCAACCGACGCAGCUGGGCCCAGGAGUGCUCCUCCUUCAUCGACUCCUUCUUCGAUGACCCCAAGGAUUCAGAGAGCUCGUCCGAGGAGGAAGAAGAAAAGGAGAAUGGCAAGAUCAAGGAACUGGAGUAAUCGACUCUGCUCUGCCCCCCUGGUUCGCUCAAAUCUUUUCAAUUUGAUGAUAAUUUCUAGUAGAUUCUAUACUAUGGAGUGGUGGCCUAGUGAGUCAUUGCUGAUUGCUCAUUUUUCUUUCCCCAAUUUGUAAUCUGUUCAUAGUAGCUAGAGAUUGGAAUGAGCGGGGAGAAAUUCAGAAGAAGAAAAAAAAACUACCCACUAAAGAUUUCAGUAAGACAUAUCUAGUUCUAACUUCUUUCCUGUGUUCCUAGCUGGAAAACUGACAAGCUCACCAUGGUUGGCUGUCUUUAACUAAUGAUGGCUCCUUUUAUUACAACUUUCUUUAUCUAAUCAUGGUCCUUUCAUGCCGGGCUCA